CCCUUUCUUCCUUCUUAGACCCUUAUGCGGCUAUACACCUGCAGUAAAGUAGUAUUCUAUAUUGCAUCUUUAAGCCGUUCUUCUAAUGGUAUAGGUGGUGGUGGGUUGAUGGGGAGGAGAAAGAGCAAGGAAAGGGGAAGAGAAGAUGGUCAUGGAGGUAAUGAUGACAAUGGUGGCGGGGAGAGACAUGGAGGAAGGAAGAAGAAAGAGUGAUUGGUGGUAGAGGUAGUGGCGGGAGGAGUGGAACUAGGAACAAUAAAAUUUUAAAAUUCAAAAUUAGGGGGUUGGGUCAAAUUUGCCCUUAAACUAUGCGAUAGGGUCAAGUUUGCCCCUGAACUAGGUGCUAGGUUCAAAUUUACCCGUUUAAAAAAAUUAAACUUUGAUUGCAUGACUCGUGACAUCACCAGGUGCUAAGCUUCCACUGUUUAAAAAUAAGGAAAAAUUUGUUCCAUUUCGCAUAGUUCAAGGGAAAAUUUGACCCCAGCUAGUAACGACGAGAGCAUAUUUGACCCCAACUACUAAUGAAAGACAAAUGUGUUCUAUUUCACAUAGUUUAGAAGCAAAUUUGACCUUACCCUAAAAAUAAACCAAAUUCAAUUGAUCCUUUCAUAAUGUAAAGAUGAUGAAAAUAAGGUAAUAAUGAUAACUAGGUAAAUAAUGAAGUAGAAAUAAUAAGAAGAGGCAGAUGAAGCAAUUCUUAUUGAUUGCUAGCAAAUAGAAGUAAUGAGCACUAAAUGAACAGUAAUUUUGCCAAAGUAUUUAUAUAUCAAUAGCUUAUUACAAUAGUGGGAAGAGGGAGAUAUUUAUAGUAUAGUCUAAUCCUAACUAACUUGUAGCACCUCUCCCACACAUUUCAGGGAUAAAAUCGCAGUUGUUGGACGUGAUAAGAUGAAUAUUUCAAAGUUGGCUAGGGUUAGGAUGACGAUUGGCUGAGUAACUUGGACCCCCCAGAUGGAUCAUUCCGGAACAUUGCUAUUCGGUAUAGUCGAAACAAACACGAGUUCUCAGAUGGUUAAAAGUUCUUCAUUCUUUGAUCAAGCUGGCACCGAUGAUCUCGUGGUUGAAUUGCCACGUGUACGAUCAAAGAGCCUUUAUCCUGAUAUAUUUAUUAUCAAUACAUAUAUGAUCAAAAAGUCUUUCCACUUUCCAUGCAGUUUUCCGAAGCUAUUCAGAAGUGAAAACUUUGAGGCGUGAAAAGAGGUAUAACCGUCACCAGUACUCUUGAAUCUAAAAUGGUGAAUGUCUUUCAACUUCACGCCUGGGACACGUAUCAAGAUCGUGUUGCGGAUAAUGUCAUCAUCGGUUACCGAGUUUUCAAAAGUUGUCCAGAAGUGGAAACUUUAAGCGGGAAAAGAGACACAACUGUCACCAUUACUCUUGAAUUUAAAACGGUGAAUGUCUUUUCAACUUCACUUUUGGGGCACGUGGCGAGAUCGUAUUAAGGAUGAUGUCAUCAUUGAUUAUCAGGUUUCAUCGUCAUCUCUGCAUAUUUGACCAUGGUAUCCCAAGGCCACGACCUUCAACUCAGUCAACACUCUGCCACCACAGGCUCUGGCAUCCCUGAGAGGCGAUUUUCGAUGGCUCCCGCUGAAGAGGUGGAGCAAGUGAACACGACAGUAUUGGAAUUAAAGUUUUUUGGCAGCUCAUGUGCUGUGACUCAAGAGAAAAUUAAGUUUUUUGACAGCUCAUAUACUGUGACUCAAGAGAAAAUUAAUUUUUUUUGGCAGCUCAUCUACUGUGACUCAGAGGACCGGAAAUUGUAGCUAGACACUUGACUGAUCAAAGUACAGCAGUAGUAUAACGCUCGUAGAAAACAUACUCAACAUGGUUGAUCGUAACAGCAGUGAUGAUGCCAAUGAAAAUUCAUUGGUGGUUUCGGACCAGGAAAAGGGAAGUAGGAACAAGAGGAAGUUCUUAUCAGUAGAAACUCCUACUGAUUCACCUGUGUUGUCUCUUACUGAGUUUCCAAGAUAUGAAUUAUUAGAGGAAAAAAUGAAAAGCACUCUUAAUGAGAUCGAGCCAUUGGAGGGAGGGUGUCCUCAGUCUAAUGAGAAACAAGGAGUGGAAAGUUCACCAGAUCCGGAUUGGGAGGAUCCAAUAAUUUCUCAACUUGAGGAACUUCUAUCGCAGAAUUUGUUUGCAACUUUCCGGAGCGCGGUCAAGAGGAUUGUUGAGUGUGGAUACAGUGAGGAAAUUGCUGAACGGGUUAUAUUGAGGAGUGGCCUUUAUCACGGUGAGAAGGAUUCCAUCUCAAAUAUUGUUGAUGGUGCUUUGGCUUUGCUGCGUAGGGAAAAGGUUUUUGAUACCGCUAGACAUCUCGCAUUUCCAGAUUUGCCUAGCCUGGUAGAGUACACGUUGCUGGAGAUGAUAUGUGUGGUGAGGGAGGUUAAGCCAGCUUUGACAGUUGCAGAAACAAUGUGGUGCCUGUUAAUAUGGGACUUGAACCUGGUACAUGCAUGUUCAGUGGAAGGCGAUCUUCUGGCUGAGUUAUGCAGUCCAGGAAGUUCCCAACCAAAGACUGAGGCUUCUAAGAAUACUCAGUCAAACCCGGAUGAGAAACCACAGUUGCCAAAACCUUCUAUUCCCAUUGCUCAAACCUCGCACUCCAAAGUUCCUGUUGCUAGUGAAGCCCCUCAAGAAUCUAAUUCUAAAAUUUCACAUGCUCAUCAAGCGGCAAAAGGAAAAGGAAGUCCCGUACCUCUUCCGGAAGCAGUGGCUAAAGCAGCACUUAUAGAAGACAAAUCGGGGGCUGGUCGAAAGGGGCUAAACAAGAAGGAUUUGCUUAGGCGAAAGACAUAUCAGUCUGAGAAGAACUGCAAAGGCCGCAUGGGUAAGACCAUUAAGGCAAACCUCUCUGCUUGGGGAAAUAUGGUUUUGGACAAAAAAAUGAAUUCUCCAUCAGGUUCUUCUGGUGCAACAAAGAAGAGUUCUCACUCUAAAGGGAAAAAAGCUUCGGUUAAAAGCAAUAGUCCUUUAGCAGAAGCAAGUUCCAUUGCACCUGCAACUGACACUUCUAGCAUGCCGCCAAUGCAACAUGAGGUAAACAAAAAGGAUCCUGCAUUGUUAGCCUUGGAGCCUGAGUCUAGCAUAGAGGCCCCAGACAGCACCACUAGCUCUCCUACGGUGCCAGAUUACUAUGCUGGUAUCCCGUAUGAUGAGUCUCUGGGGAUAUAUGUCCCUCAAAAUGAAAGAGAUGAAGCUAUAAUGCUGCUGAUUCCUCAAAUGAAGACAUUGCAAAAAGAGCUCCAACAGUGGUCUGAUUGGGCAAUGGAGAAGGUAAUGCAGGCUACUCGGAGGCUUGGCAAGGAUCAGUCGGAGCUUAAAAUGUUAAGGCAAGAGAAAGACGAUGCGGAAAGAUUUCAGAGGGAAAGGCAAAUGCUGGAGGAGAGCACCAUGAAGAGGCUUGCGGAGAUGGAGCAAGCGUUGGUAAAUACUAAUGCCUCAAUUGAGUAUGCUAACUCUACUCUUCACAAGUUGGGUGGGGAGAAUGGUGUGCUAAAGAAGGAGAUGGAGGCCUCAAAGCUCUCUAACGAAGUGUCUACUAUAACCUUGCAUAAAGCUUUAGCAAAGGAGCAGGAGACAGUGAAGAAAUGUCAAGCUGGGGAGGUGGAGAAGCGCUCAUUGCAGGAGGAGUUCUCUAUUCUCAAGCAGGAAAUAGCUGAUUUGGAGCAGCUACAAGAGAAAGCCAAGCAGCGCCUGGACCAGUUUGAGGUUCUAUGGAAGCAGGAGGAAAAGGUGAAACAAAGGAUUCUAGAGCAAGCUGAUUCUUUGAAAGCUGAAAGAGAACAACUCCGUGUUCAGGGAAAACUGGAGGUGAAUAAUUUGAGAGAGAAGGCAGAGAGAAACAUGCAAAAGUGUAAAGAAGAUAUCCAAAAGCUUGAGAGUGAAAUCUCUCAGUUGAGGUUGCAGUCUGAAAGAUCAAAAAUAGAUGCACUUAAACGAGGCACUCCUCAAAUGACAAAGGGUUUAGCAGGCGAUGAAGAAACUUCGUCUAGCUCUGCUGUUGUAAAGAUGGAGAGGGAAUGUGUUAUGUGUAUGAGUGAGCAGAGGUCAGUGGUUUUUCUCCCUUGUGCACAUCAAGUCCUUUGUGCAAAUUGCAACGUGCUUCACGAAAAGAAAGGAAUGGAUGACUGCCCUUCUUGUAGGACGCCAAUUAAGAAGCGGAUUACUGUCUGCUUUGCUGAUUCUUGAUAGUUAGCAACUUCAAAAAAGUGGCAGGAAAAAGGAGCUGCUUAUUGUUUUUUGAAAAAAUUUGUAUGUCCUUUUUUCAGGCUUUUCUUUCAUACCUUAACUGUAAUAGUACUUGAUAGGAAUAUGGGGAGAAAAAAGGUAUAGAUAUGUACAAAGUAAUGUGAAAAGAAUUAGAAAGAGGAGGUGCUUGAUGGGCCCUGUAAAUGCUUAGUCUGAAGGUUUAAUACAAAAUGUUGUUCUAUCUGCUCAAUAGAAA